AGCCUCUAUUCUGCCUUCGUAGAUAUUCUCCAAUUUGUGUCCUUCGUUAUGUUUGACUCAACUAGAUGCAGUAACAUUCUGUAAAAAGACCGACACUUUUCCUCAUCAACAUUUAAUUCUUUAGCAGUAAUGCGUUUAUUGAGACUGAGUCAAUAUUGAUUCUCCUGUGAGUUUAACACAAUACGAACACUUUUCUAAUAGCAACCACGGUAACAUAGAAACUCUAAAGAAACCUUCACAAACUGGAUCGUGCCAGCAAUAACAAUAUGGAUGCCAGGAAAGAGGAAGUUAAGUUGAACCCUAAGGGUGGUGACUUUGAAUGUGUUUAUAUAAAACAGGAAGCGCAAGCUGCACCAUCAUCAACAUUCAUGGUAGUCAAAAAAGAAGAUAAGGAAAUGUGUGAUGAAGUUGGUGGACUUACAGAGAAAAUUAAAGAUGAAAUAAAAGUGGAAGAGCAAGAUGGGAAUGUGGGCAGCAUUCAGCAGCAGUACACUAGUGAAAAAGAGACCUGCAGUGAUGAUGGACAAGAACGUUCAAACCAAGAUUAUUUUGAAGGUGGUUUAGGUAAUUUUCUUGACAUAUCUAUUUCAGAAGGUGUUAAUAAUGUCAAGACAAAAACAAAAUUUACUGCAACUGAAGUUCGACGUUUCAAAUGCAAAAUAUGCAGUAAACUGUUUACAAAGGAUCAACAUCUGAAAAAACAUAUUCGUACUCACACCGGAGAAAAGCCAUACAAAUGUGAAGUUUGUAAAAAACUAUUUUCUCAAAGAGAGCAUCUUGCAAUACACACACGGAUACAUACGGGAGAAAAACCUUACAUCUGUGACGUAUGUAAUAAGGGCUUCUCUCGCAGUGAAUAUUUGGUUGUACACAUACGAACACACACCGAGGAAAAGCCAUACAGAUGUGAAGUAUGUCAUAAAAUGUUUUCACAAAGUGUUCAUCUUUCCCAUCACACACGCAUUCAUACAGGAGAGAAACCAUAUAAGUGCAUAAUUUGUGGUAAAGAAUUCUCACGUGGUGGAGAUCUUGUCAGACAUAAAAGAACUCAUACUGGAGAAAAACCUUACGCGUGUAAUGAGUGCGGGAAAGUGUUCUCAGAAAGUGGACAUCUCGCAACACAUUUACGGAUUCACACUGGUGAGAAGCCAUUUGAAUGUGAAAUAUGUACUAAAAGAUUUGCAAGAAGAGCAGUUCUAGUUGAUCAUGUACGCACUCAUACUGGGGAGAAACCGUUCACAUGCGAUGUAUGUGGAAAGAAUUUUUCUCAAACUGGAAACCUUGCGACUCACCGAAGAGCUCACUUCAGAGAGAAAGCUAAAGAUUAAUAAUCCCAACAUAUGCAGAUAAGGAUGUACUUUGUGUGCAUAUGUUUGAGGUCUCUUGAAUACUGUUACUAUAGAUACCUCUGAUAUCUCUACAUUUUAUUAUGAUAUUAAAAUGUAUUUGAGCUUGUGUUUUGCACAUUCAAAGACUGGUUAAUAGUAGUGGUAACAAC